AUGCCGGAAGAACAGAAGGAGAAUAAAAUUGAUAACGAGCAACCGCAGUUGCAGGCAAAUGCAAAGAACACUGGGAAGCGGCCUAACAAUGAAAUGGAUGCAGAGAAUGAAAAUGUUUGCCCCAAAAAACGCAAUUGCUCAGCUCCGGAUCCGCUAGCCAAAAAGGAACAGAAUGCAGAAGUCUUGGUCAAGCAGGAAAAUAUUCUAAAAUCUGACUUGGCUAACAUAAACAAGAAUAUAUUUCGAAUAUGUGCCAAACUGCUGAACGAUUCAAAUCAGCACAAGCAUCAGUAUGUAGAAGAGAUGAUUAAACUAUUUAGCUCAGAGAAGGACUUAACUAAGCGCACAGCCACCGUCGCCUAUGCCUUAAAGCGCUUGAUACGCUGCACCGGUGCCGACAACAUGGGCAUGGUGGUUCAAGCCGCCGGGUAUAUAAGGUCCAUAUUUGACGUUGUGCCUGACCUCAAUCCGAUUGACAUGGUGGCUUUGAUGAAACAUGAACUGCCAUGUAAUGGCAGCCAGAAGGGCAAGGAGGAGUCUCUCGCCGGCGUUGGACAAUUGAUUACCGUUUUGUCCUUCAUGAAGAGCAAAUAUUUUGUGGAGCCAUCAACAGAACUACUACUAACGUUCAUUCCAGUAUUGGCUUCUCACUUAAAUGGACGCGAGUAUCUGACAUCAAUGUGUGCCGACAUUUUGGGUGAAUUGUUUGAUUUUAUGGAUGUGUCAACCUUCGGGACUUCCGUUUGGAGCGUUGUGAAGCCAGCGCUAAAUAUGCCCAUAACGGCGCACAAGCAGUACACCUGUGAUCUAUUACUCAAAGUCCAUGUUAUGUACCCAACGGUGUUGUCUCUACCGGAGCUGGAGGGCAUACUGUGGCGCAAUCAGUCGCCGCAAUAUGAGCAGCUAUUCGCUUUGUACAUGAACCCACCCACAAUAUUCAAAUAUGCCACAUAUAAAUUAGGUCAUUUUCUGUCUGCAUGCAGCAAUGAGCAGGCAUUGGAAGCUUGGAUGAAGUUUGUUGACGAAAAGCUGCCGACUAAUAACAUCGCAGAGAAAUGCCUGAUAUUGAGCACUUUAACUGGUAUAGUCUCUCAUGUGGGUCACAAGCCCGAGGCUGAGUCUCGUGUCCAGCUGAAAAAAGUAUUUGGCUCGAAGCCAUUGGUGGCCAUGAUGAUUGAAGAACUUAAGGAUGUAAAAAAGAAUGCUACCAAAAAGAAAAGUUUGAGCAACAACAAGAUGGAUUAUUUCUGCCAUCGAUUGCAGACUUCAAUGGCUAUAUGUUUGGAGCACAUAUUGCAAAAGGAUGACACCAAGCUUGAAAUUCUGCGUCCCAUGCUGGAGCAGGAACUGAAUCUGGAUUCAAUUUCACUAAAGCCGCAAUUCAUUUGUGUCCCGUUCGGCUGUCUGUCUACGGAGGGAUUGGAUCAUAUUUAUGAUUUCUAUUUUCACAAAUUCACAAGUAACAAUGAAGAAAUGAAAUCAUCGGAUCGUGUGCUUUGCCUUAAGAAAAUGCAAAAUAUCGCACAUUCGAAGCGCGAUGAGCACCUAGCUUUUCUAUAUAAGGCUGCACUUUUCAAUCUCAACGAUAAACUGAAGAAGUGCACAGCCGCCGAUGCGUCAGUCUUCAGUCGUCAGGCAGCCUCACUUUGCGAGGAGGCCGUGUUCAACUGUCUCGUCCACAAGCUUAGUGGUAAUAAAGUGCAGUUGAAAAAUUUAAACAAAGUGCUGCGCACACUUCUGUUGGAGAUUUCACGCUAUUCAUUCAAGCCAGGCAACGAGUCGAAGCUGCGCAUUGAGCUCACUCCUGAACUGCGCACGUCAUGGGAAAACGUGCUAAAGAUUGUGAAAUCGGAUCCGAUUAAGCAAAAAGGAAUCAAGACAUAUGGUUUAAUUUUCGAUACGCUCCUCAUGUUCGUUGCCGCCGCAACUUUGCUCAAGAAGAGCACCAUAGACUUGGAUAUUAUUGAUGACUUGGUGAUUUGCAAGGAGAAUGCAAUCAAGUCCAAGUCGCAGGCUGAUGAGUCCAGUCCCAAAUGGCAGUCGGUCGUCACAGAUGUUUUGAUUCAAUUAUUGCUCCAAACGGGCAACUAUUGGCGUCAAUUUAUAAAUUCGAUCAGCGUUGUGUUGAUGCCGUACCUGGAGAAGGAUAAUUUGAAGCAGAUCUUGGACUUUGUCGAUGUCGAUAAAAAUCCCUUUGAGGACAGUUCUGACGGUGACGAUAACGACGACGACGAUGCCGAUGUCGACAACGACGACGACGACGACGAUGUCGACAACGACCAAGACGAGGAGGAGGAUGAUGAUGAGGAUAAGGCAUCUGCUACUGAAAUCGAGGAAGUGCGCGAAAGAGUCCGCAAAGCCCUACUUGGUGAACCAAACAGCAAUGAUGACAAUGAUAGCAUUGACUGGAAUGACGUAGACGAAGAGGAGGGCGAACGGCUCAACAAGGCACUGGAAGCCGCCUUCCAGAUGAACAGAAAGUCCAAGGGCAACAGCCAACAGGGCAAGGGCUCGAAGAAGCGUCCACCCAAGUCGGUACGCAUCACUGAAACCACAUUGCUGCACUUGCGCGUGCGGGUUUUCGAUCUAGUGGAGGAAUUUGCCAAAGCGCAACCGAAACAGGAGAUUAUACUGGACUCAAUGGCCUGCAUUCAGAAGAUCUUCAAUAAGUGCAGCAAGGAGGUCAAGUUCAAGCCUCUGAUUGACGCCGCCAAAAGAGUGAUGCGCCAGUUGACGAAACAGGAUAUUGUCUUCGAGACACCUGAUGAGGAUAAGACACCGCUAGUCGAUUACAUUAAGAGCCUGCUUGAUCAGCUGGGACAGAAAUCGAAAACCCCACUCGAUGACGUGACUAAAUUGACAUACUGCUCGAUCGCUCAUUUAGUGAGUCAAUUCAACGAUAUGGAAGUGACUGAUACCCCCGUUUGGACACUUAUUAAUGACGCUGCUAUAAAUUGGUCCAGUCAUCGCAAUAGCAAAUACACGUUUGAAUUAUUCAACGUCAUCCUUUGCAGUAAAUGGAAGGGUAUUCCUCAACUUAUGAUCACCUUCUCCGCGCAAAUCCCCCUCACCUCGACAAAUACCAGGCGCCGCGAACAAAUUAUCGAACUGAUACUAAAACAUUACCGUCGAGCAUUUAACAAACCGGAAAACUUGGAGUUUGCACGUAUUAUCCAAAAAAACAUCGCCGACUUUAAGCCAGAUUCAGGACAUACAGGUUUCUAUAAGCUACGCGAAGCGUUUAAGAAGCUAUUCUCUGAAGUUUAA